AUGGUCCGCAUCAGAAAGAAGACGAGUAACAGGACCAAGACCCAUGAGCGGCGCAAGCUGCACAACAAGCUAAGGGAGGGGAAGAAGAAGAAGGCGAAGGCGGCGAAGAAGGAUGUGACCUGGAAGUCUAAGCAUAAGAAGGACCCAGGUAUCCCGAACAACUACCCCUUCAAGGAUCAGCUGUUGGCGGAAGUUGCGGAGCAGAGGCGGAUAAAGGCCGCGAAGAAGGCGGUUGACGCAGAGGCUGCUGAGCAGGACGCUGCCGCCGAGCUCUCAGAUGACGGCGACUUUGAUGGCGUGGCGAGCAUCAGCGCGAAGAAGCUCAACGUCGCUACGGUCUCUCUGAAGGAUGCGCGGCGCGCUGCUGCUGCCGCGGAGGUGGAGGACGAGGACGAGGAGGACGCGCCGAUGCUGAUGGACCCCGACUUGCCGAAUCUGCGCGCGGUAUUGGAUAAGGCGGACGUGGUGAUCGAGGUGCUGGACGCGCGGGACCCGCAGACGUUCAGGAGCGCGGAGCUGGAGAACUACGUGAGCGGGGCGGGCAAGAAGACCAUGUUCGUGAUGAACAAAAUCGACCUCUGCCCUCGCGAGGCCGUCUCUGCGUGGUACUUGCAUCUCAGUGCGGACAGACCGACCUUCCUCUUCCGCUCAUCCUCAGCAUGCUUGCCGCCCCCUCCCGUUCCUGAUGCGAAGGGGAAGGGGAAGGCCCCGUCGAACGAUGCCAUUGGCGCUGGACCCAUCCUUGAGCAGCUGCAGAAGUGGGCAGCUGAGAAGCAGGGCGACGAGUCUCUUACUGUGGCUGUCGUCGGUGUUACGAACUCUGGCAAGAGCUCCCUCGUCAACUCUCUCCUGAAGAAGCCCGCUUUACCCAUAUACACCCUCGCCACCUCGUCCCGCGGACCCACCACAACUGAGGUCCCGCACGAAGUGUCGCUCAGCGACAAGGUCACCAUCAUUGAUACCCCUGGCCUUUCCUGGGUGCCCCUCCCUCCAGAUGAUGAGGCAGCGAACGUCGUGCGCGCCCGCGAUAUCUUGAUGCGCAACAAGGGGCGCAUCGACCGGUUGAAGGACCCGGAGCCGGCUGUGGACCACUUCGUGUCUCGUGCGACGACGGAGGACUUGAUGCUCCUUUAUAACCUCCCGGCGUUCAUGAAGGAGGACAGCACGGCAUUCCUCACCGGUGUCGCUCGCGCGAAGCAGCUCAUCAAGAAGCACGGCGCCGUCGACCUCACCAACGCCUCCCGCGUCGUCCUCCGCGACUGGAGCAUCGGCAGGAUAAAGUGGUACACGCCGGGACCUGCGUCUACCGCCUUACUCUCCGAAGCCGUUGAGGCCAUCCUCUCGCGUUUGCCCACGCGCAAGGAGCUCCGCCGCGCAGGCGGCCUCGUCAAGCUUACGCCUGGCUCAAUCGAUGAGCGCGCUGUCGAGCUCGACGCUCCGUGGGUACGGGGCGCGGAGCCGAGACCGGGGGCGGAUAGUGAUGAUGAUGAUGAGGACGAGGAUGUGGAUAUGGAGGGUGAGGAGGAGGCCGACGACGACGAUAGCGAGGAGGAGGAAGACGAUGAAGAUGAGGAAGACGAAGAGGACGAGGACGAGGACGAGGACGACGAAGAUGAGGAGCUUCCCUCCCCGCCACCCUCAAAACGCAAGCGCGGCGCGGCGAAUGACAAGUCCUUGCCGCCGCCUCCCGCGAAGAAGGUCGCGUUCGCUGCGAAGGCGAAGGUGUCGGUAAAGUCAACUCCGACGGCGGCGGUGCCGGCGAAGUCGGUGCUGAAGGCGACGAAGGAGGUUACGGUCAAGGCGACUAAGGAGGCCAAGGGCGCAAAGGAGACGAAGUCUAACCCCGCGAAGGAGAACCCCGCGAAGGAGGCCAAGACCCCGAAGCCCAAAAAGUUUGAGAAGCCAGCAAAAGCGCCCAAGGUCGCGAACGUCGGGAAGAAGGCAGCGGCCAAGCCGGCAGAGGGCGAGUAUGACUUCUCGAGCUUCUUCUGAGGGGAUCCUCCAGUCGAUUUGCUGGGUAUAUAUGUUGUUGUAUGUGCGAUUUGUACUCCCAUCUAAUUACCUGGACGCUGUGCACAAUGCGCUCUGCCGGUACACAUAGGCAUGCUUUUGGGUUCACUUCGCAGUGACUCACGCCCUGCUCUGGAUCUCCUGAAUAAAGACGUGAUCGAGCACCGACCCAAG